AUGGUCAUGCUUCCGCUGGAGAAACUCGGUGGCAUGCUCGUCCGGUUCUUAACCAAGCCCAUCGCGACGGAGCUCAAGACGCUCGGCAAGUCGCACCCGCGCCUCAAGGCUGCGUGCACGUCUCUGGGCCAGCGCAUCCACCGGUGGAACGUCGUCUCGCACGUGCAGGACCUGCCGGACGACCAGGCGCUGCAGCGGGGCACCGAGCUCAUUGGCGAAGCCUUUAUCUUUGCCGUCGCGGUGGCCGUCGUCACGUACGACUUUACGCGGAGCACGGCAAAGACACAGGCCAAGGACUCGGCGAUGCUCGAGAAGGAGUACGACGACUUCCUCGCAAUGGAAGCGCGGUUCCGGCGUCUCGAGACUGCGCUGCGUCACCACGAGCGCGACGUCCACCAUCUCCAAAACGUCAUGGCCGAUGCUGUCAAGGCGAGUUCUUUAUAA